GUCGACUUCCGCAUUUUUAUAGACCGAGACGAAAUGGCUGAACUUCUGCUGGACACUGAUAUCCGAAUUUGGGUGUUUCUCCCUAUUGUAGUCAUCACAUUUUUGAUUGGAAUCAUUCGCCAUUAUGUCACGAUCCUGUUGUCUUCGGAAAAGAAGUCAGAAUUGCGCCAGAUUGCAGACAGUCAUGCUUUGAUCAGAAGUCGCAUGUUGCGUGAAAAUGGACGAUAUAUUCCUAAGCAGGGAUUCUUAAUGAGAAAGAGUUACUUUAAUGAAGAAGACAAAGGCUUUUUUAAAACUCAGAAGAGAGAAGCUGUUGCCAAGAACCCAAUGACAGAUCCAUCCAUGAUGAGUGACAUGGUCAAAGGCAAUGUGACAAAUGUGGUUCCUAUGAUCAUUGUUGGCACAUGGAUCAACUGGGCAUUCUCUGGGUUCUUGACUACAAAGGUGCCAUUCCCAUUAACACUACGUUUUAAGCCUAUGUUACAAAGAGGUGUAGAGCUGGUAUCUCUUGAUGCUUCAUGGGUGAGUUCUGCAUCAUGGUAUUUCCUGAAUGUAUUUGGUUUGCGCAGCAUGUACACCUUAAUCUUGGGGCAGGAUAAUGCGGCUGACCAAACAAAAGCAAUGCAGGAACAGUUGUCAGGGGCAGGGAUGGUUGCCCCUCCAGACCCAUCAAAGGCAUUUAAGGCCGAAUGGGAGGCUCUUGAGAUCUGCAGCCACCAAUGGGCACUUGAAGGAAUCGAGGAGGAAGUCACAGCUGGGAUUAUACCGCCAGAAACAAUCUAUAUCAAAAAUAAAUUUUCAUGAAAGUUCUUUCUUUUUGUCAUCUUAAUUGUCAAAAGCUGUUUGUAGUUUAUGUGUAUUUUAAUGUGUCAUUGAU